AUGUGGAAAUUAAGUGGUACCUCAAAUUGGCUUUCUGGCGAAGAACGAUCACGGCUAGAAGCUGUACAACGGGAUUGGCGUCUUUCAAGACCUGCUAAGCCUUACUCACCAUGGAGCCGUUACCGGCAACCAUCUGUAGACAAGUCAUCGAAGCCAGUAGGAAUCACCACACGGAAGGACGCAACCGCACAUCAACAAAUUUCAUUUGAACGAAACAGAGUCCCAGCUGUUUCAUCACUUACAGUACAAUCAAGUUCUCAAGGAAGUGAGAAAAAGAUCCAUGAAACUGUGAAUGAGGAAGAUGAAAAGGAGAAAAUUGAGGAGAAUACUGCAGUGAUUUCAAAAACUCCGUCGCCUCUGCCAUCACAUGAAAGUGAGAAGAAAGAUGAACUAGCUCGAGCAGAGGAGAAGCAGCGGGAGGUUGUGGAUGAUGAUGCUGAUGCGGAGGAGGAGAAGCCUAUCGAUAAAUCUCCAGAUGGACGAUUUUUGAAAUUUGAUGAAGAGCUAGGACGUGGAUCUUUCAAAACUGUUUACCGCGGUUUGGAUACAGAAACGGGAGUUGCAGUUGCAUGGUGUGAACUUCAAGAAAGUAAGCUGAACAAGGCUGAAAGGCAGCGUUUUCGGGAAGAAGCUGAAAUGCUGAAAGGCCUACAACAUCCCAAUAUUGUACGCUUCUAUGAUUAUUGGGAAAGGCAAGAUCAUACUGGUAAAAAGAGAUAUAUUGUAUUGGUGACAGAGUUGAUGACAUCUGGGACGUUAAAAAUGUAUCUGAAACGAUUCAAACGAAUAAAUAUAAAGGUGCUGAAAUCAUGGUGUCGCCAAAUUUUGAAGGGACUUUCUUUUCUCCACUCACGUAAUCCACCGGUAAUUCAUAGAGAUCUCAAAUGUGAUAAUAUCUUUAUCACAGGCACAACGGGAAGUGUUAAAAUUGGUGAUUUGGGAUUGGCAACUUUAAAAAAUAAGUCUUACGCUAAAAGCGUUAUUGGAACACCAGAAUUUAUGGCACCUGAAAUGUAUGAAGAAAUGUAUGAUGAAAGCGUCGAUGUGUAUGCGUUUGGAAUGUGCUUACUUGAAAUGGUUACUGGUGAAUAUCCAUAUAGUGAGUGUCAAUUUCCUGCUCAAAUUUAUCGUAAAGUUACUACAGGUGUGAAGCCAGAAUGCUUCAGCAGAAUACCCCAACAGUAUCCUGAAAUCCGGGAGAUAAUUGAUCGUUGUAUACGGGUUCGUCGUGAAGAAAGGUCAACUGUGAAACAAUUGUUGUCAGAUGACUUCUUCACGCCAGAAGAGUUAAUCGGUAUACGAGUUGAAAUUAAGAACCGAGAUGCUGAUCUUAGUGAUAUUAAUUCUGAAAUUCAAAUGCAGCUGAGAGUGUUUGACGAAAAAAAGCGGAAGCAGUACCGUUUUAAAGAAAAUGAGGGGUUGCAGUUUGCUUUCGACAUUGAAACUGAUAAAGCGGAAGAAGUAGUACAGCAAAUGAUUGAACAGCAACAUAUUCCUGAAGAAGAUACACGCAUGAUUACGAAACUUAUCAAGGAUAAGGUUGAAGCGUUCAAGCGUGAUCGCGAAUUCCGACAUGCGGAACUGAAACGUAUGCGGGAAGAGGAACAACGCAAACAAGAGGAAGAAGCAAUUCGUAAUGAAAUGCUUCUAAGAGCCAGAGAGAAGGAGCGUAUGGAACGCGAGGCAGCUACCGCUUUUGAACAACAGCAACAGUCACAACAACAACCGCAGCAGUUGCAGCAGCAGUCACAACAAGUACCACAGCAGCAGCCAAUCGGUGCAUCGUCGGAAAGUGAUGAUCAUCAUGAUGGCCCCGUGAAAUAUAAGAAAUUAAAGAAAAAAGUUGUAAUCGAAGUGCUCCGAAUUGUCAUGGAUGAAACCAAUCAGCAGCCACUGGUCAGCUGCCGUCUUGAUACAUCGCACAAGACAGUUACGUUUCAAUUUGCACCAGAUUCUGAUAAGCCAUCCGUGAUUACGAAGAAAUUGGUAUAUCCUUUGUCUUACCCAGAAAAUACAGAUCAGCUCUUAGAUCAAGAUUGUUUAACGAGUCCGCAAGUAGGAGUUGUUGUGGAUCAGCUUGAAAAAAUUAUCCAGAUGAUUGUUACUGAUCCAGUAAAGGCAGUUGGUGUUAAAAUUAUAAGUUUUGUGGAUUUAGCAUCAGCAAAUGCAGGUGUCGAAACGACAGUGAGCCAGUCGAAUAUUACGGCUAAUACCAUUACUUCUCCAGAUGUUUCAGUGGAAUCAAACUCAGCCCUAACAGCUACAUCUUCUGUGCAGAAUUUUCAGGCUGUUCAUCCUCUCUCGACACUGAAAAAUCAGUCGCUUGAUCAAACGAUGAAUUCUACUGCCCCACAAUCGACAGACAUUACCACACCGUUCGUUAUUUCAAAUGCUUCUAUUUUUCAAAGUUCAUCUGGAAUGGCGCAGUCUCCAUCAUCUGCAAUGCAACAACCUCCAGUUUCAGUUAUUUCACAUGCAGCUGCAUCAAUCACAACAACAACUCCUAGUAUUGCAAAUUCUGUUUUAACUCCUCCAGUAACAUUAGCAAUAACAACAGCAGUGACAACAUCAACAACAGCGUCAACAACAGCAGUAGCAAUAACAGUAACAACAGCAACAAUUACCGCAACCAAGACAUCACGUUUCCUGGUUACCAAAUCAACUUUGCCUGUUGAUAUUAGUAGCUCAAGUGCUCUUCCGUCUCUUAGUUCCAAUCUUCAACAGCAAGCAAAGUUAACUGAUAGUGCAAUCUUGUUGGCACAGUCUUCUGCAACAUCAGCGUCGACUUCCAUUCCAAUGAUAACAUCGCUACAGAUAGCUGCAGGUUCAGGUGGAAUUAAUCAAGUGUUACCUGCCAUAUCUUCUGUGUCAUGUUCAUCAGCCAAGUCGUUGGUACAAAUAGUGCCAUUUACUACUAUUUCUACUGGCCAAAUCACGGCGGCAACAGUCAGUCAUAUGGAUAAUAGUCUCAUUAACGAACCUCAGGCUAGUCAACUGCUUACUUUGCAAUGCAGUGCUUCUCAGUUUGAUUUCCGGUCAUCUAUUAUUUCUUCAAUUCAACAACCGGCCAUUGCUGUAAAGGAUGCUCCACCAAUCGUAAUAGCAGUUAAUAAUAGUACGUCAUCGCCGUCAUUUAAUCCAUCGCAAACUGUGAACGCGUCAGCAACAGUUCUACAUCAUGUGGCGCGUGGUGAAUCACGUACAACGCUCGAGAAGUUGGAAAGUGAGCUUUGUAAAGUAAGCGGCGUAAAUCCACCGAACAACAUUCCUAUCGUGACCAAUUCAGGAUCGGCUCCUCCACCUGAUGUUUUUGCAGUUUCUGGAGGUUCAUUAUUCUGUGCAUCUUUGCCGCAUACGCCGUCCGUUUGUAGCAAUUUGACGCAUAACUUGACGGAUCUAAAUGAUAAGUUGGUAGCGUUAAGUCAGAAAAUGCAAGGCGAACAAAUGGAAGAAGUUAUUUAUCAGAGCAGUGAAACUCUUGCACCAUUAACACAAACACAGCAGUCUCCAGCAAUCACGCCUAAUUUACCUAGUGCUUCGGCAGUGCCACUAGUAUCAGCAACAUUGCCAAAUAUUGUUUCUGGAACGAUAACACCUGGUAAAACAAGCACUACUCCGGAAGCCGGGAUUCUUCACGUCGAUACACUCAAUGAACUUGCUGAUGCUCUGCAGAAGGUAAUUCAUGUUGAACCUCGUGAAACUGGUUCUGUACCACCAUCAGGUGUUGAUAUUGCUAGUCAUGUUACAUCACUCCCUGUUGAGCAUCCAUCACCAAAUGUAACGGACACACUUCAUGCGGGUACCAAUUCUAAAGCGAAGGGUGCCGGUUCUAAAGCGAAGGGUACCGGUUCUAAAGCGAAAAGGAAGAAGAGAGCUGUGCUUGCCAGUGAUACAACAAAGCAUACAUUGGAAGAUAUGAGAAAUAUAAGCAGUGAAGGAGAAGGUGGUGGAGGAGGAGGAAAUGCAAAGUUGGAAGAUGGGAAUCAUCUUGGGGUAACAUCACCUAAUGUUCCAAACAGCGAUGAGGCAGUACUAAAUGUUUCCGCAGUAGCUACCCAAAUGAACAACAAUACCAAUACGGCAACAUCAGAUGGUGGUGGUACAACAACUAAUUCAGCUCCAUUAGCGAAAUUUGAAAAUUUGGAAACAGCACUAACAACAACAUUAGGUACACAUGGGUGUUGCCCAACCGUACCAUAUAUCUUUAAUUCAACCCAUCCAAGUUACCGUAUCAAUAAUACUGCAAAUGCAGAUACUCAACAAACAGAAUUGACGCAGGUUUCGUCUAUGGAUGGAAUCCAUACAUCUCAGCAAUCGUCUAUUACGAUGUCUAGGGUAUGUGAAACAACGAAAAGAUCGACUGGUGAACUUGCUUCAAUGACAGCACCGAAAGGAGCGGUAUUUCAUGUUGGUACACCACCACCAACGCAUUUCAGUGAUUCGGCUAGUCAAACAGAGCUGAUCAGUACACGUGAUCCGUUCGACCAUAUGUUUAGUCCAACGACGUCUUACAAUUCCGACUGUGAUUUUCAGUUAGAUGAGGAAGGUAACGAUGAGGAGGAUGAUCCCAUAUGUUCUCUUUUACAAAGACACAAGCUUGAGAUGGAACUAUUACGCGAGCGACAGAACCGUGAACUACAGCAAGCACGUUCACGUUUUCGUCAUAAUCUAAGCAAUGGAAAUGCAUUGUCGACAACAACUGGUGGCUAUUUGACUCGUUCCGUCGAUAGUACUGGAAGUAUCUUACAUGGUCCUGUCCACAUUCCAUAUCAUCAUCCUCUAACCAGUUCGCGUGUCACUUCCCAAUUGGCCCUUCCUUCAUCGAUAUCUCUCCCCGGUAGUCCACCACAGCACAGUUUCCUUGGACAACAUCUUGCACCGUUAAGAGAUACCCUUCCGCGACGAUCAUGUGCGGCAACAUCAUUGGUUGAAUCUGCUCGUCACACAUCAGUUGAUGCAGCGUUAUCGCGAAGAUCAAUUCAUUACCCUUUGCAAAUUAGCAAUUAUGCAGUUGAUCAACAUCGCCAUUACUAUUGCCAUCAUCAUUAUUAUAAUCAGCAACAGCAACAGGGCAGUAGUAGUUCAGAUCAUUGUCAUUUUUAUGGAAGCAUUUUAUCAAGACAACCAGUAGCAGCAAUUAUGCAUAGAACCAGUGCUAUCACUGAGAUCGCGCCGUCACUCAAUUCCAACAUCGAACGUCAGUUGCGUGAAACAUUUAGUACACCUCCUCAAUAA